CUAACAAUCCAAGGAUUGAGCCUCCUGAACCUAAGCAAAUGCCUGGUAGACCUCCAAGAAAUAGAAGAAAGAGUAAAGAUGAAUCAAGAAAGAAGUAUGGAAAGAUGUCCAAACAAGGGUUGAAAAUUACUUGUUCCAAGUGUAAACAACAAGGCCACAACAAGAAAUAUUGCAAGGUUGGUGUCCAUACUUCACAACCAGCUAGCCACAGUUCACAAUUUACUGCUGGUCAAAGUUCACAAGGAAGUUGCCAUCCUGAACCAACAAGCUCCUUCCAACCUGGACCAACAAGAUUCAACCAACCUGCAUCAACAACAUCAAGCAAUCAUGCUUCUUCAACAACAGUUUGUGGUGAUACCAGUAGAGUUAAGAGGGCAAGGGAAACUGCAAAAACAAGCCAACCACCACCAUUUGUGGAUACAAGUAUUCCUGUUACAAGAGGAAUAACCAGUCAACUACCUACAAAGACAAGACAAACUGCUGGACAGAAAAGAGGAAGAGUUGCAACUGGAGAAGAUUCUGCAAGAGGGGGACCAAAGAGGCCAACAAAUGGUGGAUCAAGUAAUGUUGGAUUUGGAAUCUACAGAAGUCCUGGGACUUCAAGUCAAAGGAUUCUACCAACAGGUUCAAGUUAUAAGGAUGCAAGUUUAAUGGGUAUAGACCUUGGCUUUAAGCCUAGAGGCUUGAGAUGGAAAAACAAAGAUGAUGUCACCACUUUCCAAUUGCAGCAAAUGGCAAACAAAAAGAAUAAGUAA